UCACGAGUUUUAUCGAAUGAUUCACUUGUCAAAUUAUUAAAGCAAAAUGGCGAGAGUAAACUGGGUAGGAAUUGUGUGCUUGUGUUCUACCAUUAUAAUCGAGGUACUGGGUGGAGAGCCUCUGUUCUUCAGAGGAAGACCGAGAGGGAAAUUCGGAAUGUUGAGGUCUCCCGCCAGAAACGAGGGAGAGUCGUUACCCGAAGAUCGAUGGUUCCUACAGAAGCUAGAUCACUUCAAUCCCACGGAUAAUAGGGUUUGGAAGCAACGUUAUUUCGUCAACGCCAGUUUUUACAAACCCGGAGGACCUGUAUUUUUACAGAUAGGAGGAGAGGGAGAAGCCAACCCCGUUUGGAUGAUCAAAGGUCAACCUAUGAACUACGCCAAGACUUACAACGCUUUCGCGGUCAUGUUAGAACACAGAUACUACGGAAAGAGCCAUCCGACCGAAGACACGUCGGUCAAAAACCUCCGCUACCUUACUAGCGAACAGGCUUUGGCGGAUUUGGCUAAUUUUCAGCAUUACGUAACUCGGAAGUAUAACUUGAAGGGCAGCAAAUGGAUCGCUUUCGGAGGUUCGUAUCCCGGUUCUCUAGCCGCCUGGUAUCGCUUGAAAUAUCCUCAUUUGGUACACGGAUCCGUGGCGUCGAGCGCGCCGGUUUUCGCUCUAGUAGAUUUUAAAGAAUAUUUGGGCGUGGUCACCGAUUCUCUGGCCACCGCCGGCAAAAAGUGCAACGAUGCCAUUCGACUAGCCGUGCAACAGCUAUCUCAAUUGUUAAAUCGCAGAGACGAUUGGCGUAUGGUGAAGAAAAUAUUUCGUCUGUGCGACGAUUUGGACGCCACUAAUAAAAAGGACGUGGCCAAUUUACUCAGCAGUUUGGCGGGAAAUUUCGAAGGAGUCGUUCAAUAUAACAAAGAUAACAGAGCGUUCGAAGGCGCAAAAGACGCCAGUAUCACAAUCGAUACCAUUUGCGGAGUAAUGGAAAAUGAUUCGGUCGGAUCGCCCCUGAAACGAUACGCCGAAAUAAACAGUCUCAUUUUAGACGUCAACUCGGAAAAAUGUCUGGACUUCAAGUACAACGACUUCAUCAGGGACAUGUCUUCUAUUUCUUGGAACGAUAGCGCGGCCGAAGGAGGAAGACAAUGGACUUACCAAACGUGCGUGGAGUUCGGAUUUUUCCAGUCUUCGGAUCUGUCCACCCAACCGUUCGGUAACGGAUUCCCCGUCGACUUCUUCGUUCGACAAUGUUCCGACAUUUUUGGACCAGAGUUUACGUUACGACUCCUGCAGAGAGGAAUCGCCCGCACCAAUCUCAAUUACGGGGGCUUCGGUCUACGGGUGACGAACGUGGUAUUUCCGAACGGUUCCAUCGACCCUUGGCACGCGCUGGGCAUAACUCGAGAUAUAUCCCCCGAGGCAAUCGCCAUCUACAUUAACGGAACCGCUCACUGCGCCAAUAUGUAUCCCGAUUCCCCCGACGACUUGCCGCAACUGCGAGCUGCCAGACAGGAAAUUAAAGAAAGAAUCGGAUUGUGGCUGCAACAAUGAGCCACGUAACUUCUCGACAUUAAUUCGAACCAAUGUCUUCGAAUUAGUAUCAAAGGUUUGAUUCGUUUACGGUGAUUGAUUAAUGCGGCGUUGUUUAAAUAAUUAAUUCGUAAAUUCGUCACGGCGACGUUGUUCUUAUUACGUGUAAUCGAACGAAAGAUUGCGAUCGUAAAUUUGGAAAUUACGUAAAAGCUGGUUAAAAUCUGGUAACUAAUAUAGGAAUAAACAUUACUUUUUUACGAGACUAAAUUGAGCUUUACACUGUAAUUGUUUACAUAAUUAAGUAAAGUAGGAAUGCCGACGAUA